AUGGCGAACUUCUUCCUGUGCCUUGUAAUCCAGCGAUUGGUUCUACCGCUCAUUCUGGCAACAUGUUUGCUGAUGAGACCGGUAGGACUAGCACUUCCGUACUUGAUCUUCCUGCUUGCGAUACCGUAUGUGCCUGUGGCGAACAAAAAAACGAUUCAGGGACCAACCGGGCUCUUCUUGCGGCUGCUGAUUCUGUUCGUCGUCCUGAUACUGGUGUCCGUGAUCACCUUCCAGCUGGUGCUGAUCGGAUUUCCAGAAACGUCGUUCGAGGGCUGCCAGCUGGGUGAAAUCGUGCUGCGGCACAUCGGGCUGGUGUCCUUCAACGGGCUCGAUCCAUGGAUGGUGGUGUACUGGAUGGCACCGGAAGUAAUUCUCGCCAUCAGUACGAUCACCAUCCUCGUCGUGCUCCGGAAGCUAACCGGUGCGUCCGCCAGUCGUCAGCCAGCCAACGCUACGCCGGAUGCGACAGAACAGGGCACGAACAGCUCGCUACACGAAUCGGUGGUCACGGCAGAAGAUGAAUCGCCGGGAUCGGUGGUCAGCCCGGAACGGUUGCCGUUCUUCACGAAGCUCGGUGUGCUGCUGUCGAUGUGCAUGCUGUGCGUCACCGGAGUCCUGCAACCGUCCGCCCCGAGCGGGGUCUACUUCCUCGUGUUCCUAGGGGCCGCCUCCUGGUGGGCGUGCUACAAACAGUUAGAUAGGGCAUUCGGAAUAGUUUUAAAAGUAACACUAGCGUUUCUAGUCACGCAUAUCGUGAUAUUUCUGACGUACCAGAACCCUUGGCCGCAGGAGUUUCUGCCGUACAAUGGGACGGUGGCCCGCGUGCUCGCCCUGAAGCCCAUCCUUAGCUCGUCGUGUGACCUGGCGAACGGAACCGACAUCCGGGACGUGCACUUCAACUCCAGUCUCGACACCGACGUUUACCUCAAUCCCAUUUUUCUGUUCUUAUGUUACUACUGCGUAACGAUGACGUCGUCGCUGUUACUGCGAACAAGAAGUGACACCGAGAAGGAGAAAAAGCGGCAGGAUCUGUCGAGCCAGCUCGAAAACGGCAUUCGGCUGCAAAAUCAAAUCUCCUUCCGUAUGCAGCGCAAGAACAUCUUGCGCAAAACGCUCACAAGCGAUCGGUGGCGUGGCGCUGCGCGGAAGGUUAAACUGAUGCGCCGUGGAACGCACCGAAUACGGGAUGCGUCGGCCGCGGACGGCAAAGGAACUGCUCAAACCGAUCAAAUAGCAUUAGACACGUUAGCCGCGAAUGUAAAUAUUUCAGAAGAGGAAGAACCGUCCAGCAUCUUCGAGCAAGCGUUGCUGGCCGUACGGAAUGUGGCCUCGUACAUAUACAUGAAUAGUUACAUCUUUACGAACGUCAUCAUGAUGGUUUGGAGCAUCAUGUACCACAGCUGGUUAACGUUCGUGCUCCUAAUUUGGGCCAACCUGAUCUGGAUUCUUCCGAACCAUCGGAAAAAUAUGCUAAACUCCAGCCCGGUCCUGGUGAUCUACGCGGAGCUCCUUCUGUUGGCACAAUUCUUGUACGGUAUGAACCUAACGGAGGCCGAACUACCGACCGUGAUCGAUGGAUCGGGCAUUAGUUUGGAGCAGCUUGGCUUUGUGCGGCGUCUCGAGUAUCCGUGUGUGCCGUUGCUCGUGAAGUCGCUCUUCACCACCAUGUUUUGGAUCUCGUUGCGUCAGCAAAUCCAGGAGAAGCACACCGAGCGGCGCGAAUCCAUGAUAGCGAACAUGGCGGCACCACUGCAGGUUCCGGUUGGGGCCGCCACGACGGCAGCCACCGGACCAUCGUCGGCCGCUGAUCGGGCUCAGGAGAAAAAGUCAUCUGCCGUGGUGACUCGGAUAGCGAAGUUUUUUAAAUCAUUCAUGAUCAAGUUCUGGAUCUGGGUGGUUGCCUUCACGCUCUUCCUAUCCGCCAUCAUUGGCAACCGGAUGACCGUCUUCCGGAUCGUUUACAUGGUACUGUUUCUGAUAUUUGUGCUUACAUUCCAGUUUUCGUUCAAAGUUUGGCGAAAGAUGAUGUACUCGUUCUGGUUGACUGUGAUCGUGUACUCGAUGUCCAUUCUUGUACUGGUUUACGUGCAUCAGUUCGAACAGUUUCCACGGUAUUGGGCGGCCAUUGGGAUAUCGAAGGAAUUACAAGAAGACAUUGGGCUAGAGAUAUUCAAAACGGGCCAACUGUUCCUGCACCUGGUCAACCCGACGUUGGUCGUUAUUAUAACUGUGAUUCAGUUGCAUUACUGUCAUGAUCGAUUUUUGAUCAUCAGUGAAAUUCCGUCCGUUCGUACUGAUACCGAGACAGAGGAGCCCGUUACGGAGGGAAAUGCGUCCGCCUAUGGAACGUUUCCGGGUGCUCCGAACCAACCUCACGACGUCGGGUCCGCUGAAACCGUGGUGAAAGAAGACGAACAACCGAAAUCACCUCCCCUUUCAACGAGGGAAGACGAUGGCUACGAAAAGUUGGAAGACUUUCGUUUCCGCAAACUGUCGCGCCAGGAAAUUACGAGUUUUGCGCGGACCGCAUUCAAAGAGAUGCUCUGGUUGAUCGAACUUACCUGGCUCUUCUUCGAGAUCCACAUGCCAAAGAUCAUGCUGAUCGUGGCGUUCUCGCUGAGCGUGAAUUCGGUCAAUUUUUUGCACUUGCUGUACGUGGUGCUUUCGGUGUUCACCGUGAAAGCGCACACGACCGGAAAGCACACGGUGAUGCACCGUCAGCUGGUGAAAAUUACUCGGAUAAUGUCACUAUUCUCAGCUCUGAUGCUGAUUCUGACCAUGAUCUAUCAGGUGAAGUACAUUAAGGAGGAAAAUUUCCAAAGCGAAUGCCCGAACAUCGACGCAAACGCCACGCAGAUGGAGAUGAACAAUGCGAAGUGGUUCGGAAUGGAAAAAGCAGGGACGGGACAGACGCUUUCCGAUCUGCUGCGACCGUACCUGACGUAUCUCAUCAUUGUGACGGUACACGCCGUGACGGUGCUACGCCAAACGAUACAUCGCAUCCGGUUGGGACAAUCACCCAAAACGCCGGAACUGAUGUUCCCCGAGAUUGUGCGCACGGACGCCGACAAGGACAUUCCGCGGAUGGUCAAGUAUCUGUUCAAUUAUGGGUUCUUCAAGUUUGGUGUUGAAAUAACGCUCGUUGCACUGAUCGUUACCAUCGGCCACCGGAUGGAUGUACUGUCGGUCGUGUACGCCCUCUGGUUGGCGGCAUUAUUCCCGCUGAGCCGUCAAGCUUUGCAACGUGUUUGGCAAGCUCUUUCCUGGUUCAUCGUGGUGAUCAUACCGCUGCAGUACUUGCUGUUCAUUGGACUGCCCCCAUUGGCGUGCGUUGACUAUCCGUGGAUCAUUCCGCAGCUGGAUCAUUUUCGAACGUGGGCUAUGUUGCCGGAAAAUACUGCCGAGUUUCGGGCGGCUGCACCGAAGAUGGUGGCCGAUUUCGUGCUACUGAUUUUGCUGUGUCGCCAGACGGUGGUGUUUCGGUUAGACUCGCUGGCACCGCCCAACUACGGUGGUGGCAGUAACCAGUCGGUGCUGGAAGACUUCCGUAAACUGGACGACGGAGUGUUCCAGAAUCCGACACCCGAUUUCAUAACGAAAACACGCAACUGGCUUGAUGUGCUUAAGCGUGGAUUGUUUCUGGUCUUCUUCUGGUUCACGCUGGCCAUCGUAUUUCUGAGUGGAUCAAGCCGGGUCAAUCUCUUCUCGAUCGGUUACCUGAUCGGAGCGUUCUUCUUCCUGUGGCAGGGAACGGACUUUUAUCUGCACUCCAUCGACUACAUCCUCAAACGCUGGAACAUCCUGAUCUGGUACAAUGUGUUUGUCGUGGCAUCGAAGGCGUUACUGCAACUCUUUGGUUGCCUGUUCCUUGAUCAGAUGAUGAAUAACGCGUGCUGGGUGAUGCAACUGUUCGGCGUGACCUGCCUGUCAUCAUCCCUUCCGCCACCGCCAGCCGGAACGACGGAACCGGGUGAACAACUAUGCAACAUGCCCGACCCGUCCGAUGCUGGAUUGUUUUGGGAUGGAAUGUGCUUUGCCUUCCUCCUGCUGCAACGACGUAUAUUUUCAAGCCACUACUUCUGUCACAUCAUCAACGAAUCGAAAGCGAGCAAAUAUCUGGCCUCAAGAGGCGCGGAACUGAUUGAAGAGCUUCGCAUCAAAGAGAGCACCCUGGAAGCGGAACGGGAGCGGCAAAUCCUGGAGAAAAUCAAAGCCAAAAUGGAUCGCAUUAAAGCGACACAGCAAAGAAUUUUGGAGUCGGUACAAGAUCCUGCCACCCAUGCCAUAGGAUACCAUACGCCAAUCGAGGACGAAAUAGCAGGCAAUUCGAUGUUUAUCGAGGGCGAAGGUCUCUCCGAUAUGCCGUCGGACAACGGAGGUCUAACGGUGGGGCGCGGAUCGUAUCAAACGCAGGUACCAUCGCCCAGUUCAGCUCUGAUGCCAUCGUCGCUGGAUGCGUAUUUGGAUCCACAGCGAAUGUCAUUCGAUUCACCCAACGAUCUGAUGGCCAGAGUUUGCAGCCCAGACGAUACGUUUCCUGUGUUUUCACCGCCUCCAUUCGAAAGGGAUCAGCACGGUGCUCCUGCUACUGCGAACACGUUAAUGCCGCCCAGCAAGACCUCCCUACAGCACCGCCAACACCGGCGACAAUCUAGCCUUAACGCUGUAUCAUGGCCAGCGAACCACGAGCUUACCGUUAGUCCGAAAAUGCAACAUCGAAUCGUCGGUGAAGCCAAUGAAGAAGUGGAUCAACAACCAGCUCAAUCGCCGCGAUCACCUCGUUCACCCCGUUCGGCCACUUUUGCACCAAACCAACCACGCCACCGACGGCUCUCGAGUAUGGGCUCUGGCUCGGGUGUGCCGGAUGAACCGAUCGGGGUUGACGGAGGUGGACGUCGACGAUCAAGCUUCUUGGUUUCACUGUACGUGGACGAUGACACACGGUACGAUGACGCUACGACCACCGCGAACGGUGGCAUCUCCCGAAGACGGUCGCGGACGCGCAGUUUUUGGGGCCCGGUUGGCGAAGCUGGUUUACGCGAUUCGAUUCGCUCCGCUCGUUCUCGCUCUCCCGUUUCCCAUCACGAGUAUACUGUUGACCAUAGGUCGAGUUUGAAGCGCAAAAUAUCGGAACACAGACCAACGGCGAUACGAUCUGGAGAUUACUACAUGUUCGAGGACGUAGAGCAGGAGUUUGAGUUGGAAAUGAUCGAGGCGCGCGAUCGCGACGAUGACGAUCUCGAAGACAAAUCACCGACGGUGCGAAGGCUUAGUCAAAGAUUGACCCUCAGCAAGCUGGCUGCACAGUUGAAGCGGAAGAGAAUGCAAGAGUUGCAUGCCAUUUCACGCGGCAAAGCGGAUGAUAACGACGGCACGGCCAGAGAUCCGACAUCUAGUGAUGCUCCAGUUGCAGACGCGGAUCCACUCAAGCGGCGCCGUCUUUCGUCACCGGUCGUCUACCGUCGGCCAAGGUCCGAUGCCGGUGACCAGAGCGGCGGUACUGGUACCGCCGAGGCCGAUGAUAACGCCGCGACCGUAGCAGAGCGAUCUGCAAUUUCCGAACCAAUACCACGUCAUACUCAUUCUGGUCCACGGCUACGUAAACCGACCACCACCGAUGAGCCGGAUGACCAGCAGGCCGGUACCAGUAAGGAGCUGCACGCUCAACAUUCCAUCACGGACGAAGAAGCGCGUCUGUUGAGCGACGAGGAAGAGGAAGCUGACGGUGGCAAGCCACCGCCGGUGGAGGAAAAGAAGAGCAAAUUCUCACUGUCCGGGCUGGCGCUUAUCCCGGCCUUCCUGGCCGGUGCGAUCGGUUCGCUGACGCUACGGUUACACCGUGUUUCGCGUAACUAUCGCUACGUGAUGCGCGUACUGACGCGCGAAAAGCAGGACCUCAAGGAAACACCCGGUUUCGGGGUUGGCAUUCGGGAUAAGGACGGUGUGUGGACACACUACGUCUCGAGAUCGGGCAGCAGUCACACAGAGGCCGACUCACAUUCAGGAUCAAGUAGCGGUAGUCUAAUGUCCCGCCACGGUUCCCCCACCGCCAGUAGCCGGCAUGUACACAGUAGUAACGCUAACCAUGAUCACCCGGAACCAGUGUCGAUUCCACCUUCGCCAGCCAUAUCGUCCAUCACACAGCCGGUCAGUGCCACCAGCGGACCCAAACAGACAACGCUGCGCGACGAACAAGACUACACUGUACAGCAGCGCGAUACAGGACUGCAUCAGGUCGGUGGACUGGGUGUAGCGUUAGCGAUGAUCAGCCGUAAAGAUCCGCUGAAGGACGAGCGCAGUAAUAGUUUACUUCCCGAGAUUCUCAUCUCGGCACCGUCAGCCGAGCGGGGCUUGGACGAAGAAGGCAUACCGUACCGCUACUAUUCCAAUGACACACUGGACAGCAAAACCGAUGGAAGCUCAACGGAUGCCAUCAAGCGCACACUGGACGAGGUUAGUUCCGAAGAGGAUUUUACCACUCGGAAGCACUCGCUGAUCGUGGAACUGCUCCAGGCGGCAUGGUACGCCAUAAUGUCGCACACAGAUUUUAUUUGCUACUUCGUAGUGUUCCUCAAUCAGGUUAAUUCGGCCAGUUUGCUCUCGCUGCCACUGCCACUAAUGGUGACGCUAUGGGGUACGCUAACGUUUCCGCGGCCCUCACAAACUUUCUGGACCAAGCUGAUAGCGUACACCCAGACGGUGGUGCUCAUCAAGUGUAUCUGCCAGUUCGAGAUGCUCUGGUGGAACCAGACGCCGAUCCCAUCCAAUCAACCGUUCCACCUGGCGCGCCUGUUCGGCAUCGAGCGAAAAAACGGGUACGCCACGUACGAUCUGAUACUGUUGUUGAUGCUGUUCUGCCAUCGGUUCAUCCUGAAAUCACUCGGACUGUGGAAAUCGGACCCCACGGAGGAGCCCUCUCUCAGGGAAGGCAUGUACCAAGUCGAUCCGAAUGACGAGCGCACCAAAGCGAUGAUGCUGAUGGCGGAAGAGAACGAGAAAACCCGAGACACGUUUGAGGUUCGACAGAAAGACGAGCUUGCGGGAUUGUCGAUGGUAAAAAUUAACGAAACAGCAGGUCCGAUGCCUACGGAUGAUGAGCCACACAGCGAGACCACACAGUUGUGCGUUUCGAUCCAGCCGGAACCAGUCAAGAAGUACUACCCGCAGAUAGUGAAGGAAUCGUUCCGGAACUACACUUCGUCGCUGAAAGCGUUCUUCAGCCAACUGCUGGAUCGACAGUCGCGCAAAACGGCCGACGUGUACGGAUACAUGUUCCUCUGUGAUUUCGUGAACUUUUUCGUCAUUCUGUUUGGAUUCUCUGCAUUUGGGACACAAGAAGGAGACGGCGGCGUACUGUCGUAUUUCGAGGAAAACCGUGUACCGGUGACGUUCCUGCUGAUGCUCAUCAUUCAGUUCUUCUUGAUCGUAGUCGAUCGGGCGCUCUAUCUGCGCAAGAAUAUCAUCGGCAAAAUACUGUUUCAGUUUUUCCUCAUCAUCGGGCUACACGUGUGGAUGUUUUUCGUGCUACCGGCCACAACGGAGCGUAGCUUCAAUGCGACCACACCUCCGAUCCUCUACUACACGAUCAAGUGCUUCUAUCUUCUGUUUUCGGCCUAUCAAAUCCGGUGCGGCUAUCCGGCGCGCAUUUUGGGCAACUUCCUGACAAAAGGCUUUACGAUGGCCAACUUUUCCGGCUUCAAACUGUUCAUGACCGUUCCGUUCUUGUUCGAACUACGCACGCUAAUGGACUGGAUCUGGACCGACACCUCGAUGACGCUGUUCGAUUGGCUCAAGAUGGAGGAUAUCUUCACGAACGUGUACCAGCUGAAGUGUAUGCGCCAGCUGGAGGAAGAUUUGCCAGCUCCGCGGGGCCAAAAGAAGGGUUCGAUGGUGAAGUACCUGAUGGGUGGUGGCAUGAUGUUGGGCAUCAUCUUUCUCAUCUGGUUCCCGCUCGCGCUGUUUGCGUUCAGUAAUGCGGUAGGUGAACCGAACAUACCGUACGAUGUGUCGGUCACGUUGCGCAUAGGACCGUACGAACCAGUGUACAUGAUGAGCGCACAGGAUAACAAUAUUCAUGGGUUAACGGAACAAAAUUGGGGCAACUUUACGGCGCCGUACGGAACGGAACGUACGGCCCUUACCUUCCUUUCCAACUAUGAACCGGCCGACGUAGCAGCCGUCAAACUUGGGGCCAAUUCAACUUCCAUCUGGAACAUAUCACCACCGGAUCGCGAACGGUUGCUGUUCGAUCUGAAGUCGAACGUGACACUCACGUGCCGGUUCCGGUACACGAUCAGCCGGGUGUCACAUUCGAAGGAAAAUCCGGGCAUCGUUUCGGAGGAGCGAGGUUUCGAACUCGGUCCUGGACCAGCCCGCGAUUCACUGGUUAAGAUGCUGACGGGAGACACGGAAGAGGUGGUGGUGCUGCCAAAUUUGAUGCCAAAGUUUUUACGAGUCCAGAACAGUGGCUCAGUGCGACCGAUUCAUCAGUUGAUCAAAAAUGUUAACUCGGACACGGAUGAUGCUAACUACCGCCAUCUGAAACUGCGAUUGCUUCAGACGCAGGUCGAAAACACGAUACCGAUGCAGUGGUGGGAAUCGCGCGAAGACUGCAGCGACACGCUGUACGAGAAGUAUCUGGCGCGGCUACCGUACGCGGAUUGCGCCAACUACCUGGUGAUGUACAUGUUCAACGACAAGAUUUUUCCCAGCACUAUCAGUUCAAUCGCCGCCGGAGGCAUCAUUGGCAUCUACUCCACGAUGAUUCUUGUGUUCUCGCGCAUGCUUCGUACGAGUAUCUUUUCCGGUGCGAGUUCCAAAAUUAUGUUCGAAGAUCUACCGUACGUCGACCGGGUGGUGCAGCUCUGCCUGGACAUCUAUCUGGUGCGCGAGUCAUGCGAGUUCACCCUUGAGGAGGAUCUAUUUGCGAAACUGCUCUUCCUCUACCGCUCACCAGAAACGAUGAUCAAGUGGACGCGACCGAAAAACGAGGAAGGUGGCGACGAUGAAACGGACACGAUGGCUGACGUACCUACGUCUCACCCGAAACAGGAAUAAACGGUUCCGUUCUCCGUAAAUCUUGUUUCUCAUCCAUGGUAAGGGCCAACACAAUCUUUUGAAUGUUGAAAAUGGUGUUUUGAUAAAAAACUCUUUUCCUCUGUGUGGGCAUUUGGUAACUUUUCACACCCUUUUUGUCACACUUGAUAGCAUUCGAUUAGUACCGUGAAAAUGGGAUGUAAAGAAUGCAGGUGAACCUGAGGCAAAGAGAGUGAAGCAGACAAAAACAAGUGUGAAAACGAUUGGCGAAAGACGCAAUUGGUUGUGCAUGUAAAUACAAUAUUCCAGCACAUUUGCGAGAAUGGGUUGAAGGAGACGGAAGGGCCCGAUUGUCCGUCAGAAUUUGUGGACAUAAAAAGUGCAUAUGUUAGAAGAGAAUGCAAUGGGUAACAGCUAGUCGAGUCCCCGUGGCUGGAGAACUUAUAAAUAGUAAUUAUUGUUAAAUUAUUGAUUCCUUCCGGCAUUUUCUCGCAUUAUCCCGUGUAGCUUGUGGUGCUUCCUCUCUUCACACUUUUUCGGUGCACUACUCACAUAAGUGACUUAUUUCUGUAACUCCGCGAAGGGCGUAGUUUGGUAAUUGAAAGUCAGUUUGCCACGGUUUUAUACAAUUGAAUGAAUGAAUGUUCUGCAAUUCUUUUUAUAGUGCGUAAGUCAAUCGAAUCGAAUUCAAACGAAAUUUGUAAGACCAUUUGCAGAAUUGUGUACGAUCGAAGAGAGUAUCGAAAUAUAAU